GUAUCACCCAACUCAUCAUUCAUCAAUAUUUUACUCAUUAAUUGUAUAUUCAUUUGUAUUUUUAAUUAUUUAAUUUUAAAAAUUUUAAAAUUUGUUGAAUAUCGCAAAUGUCUAAUUUAAAGGAUGACCCGUCGUCCAGGUUAAAGGCGCUGGAGAAGAUGGGCGUCGUCGAGGAUUUCGACCGAAUCCACUCGUGUACAGUUGCCAUUGUUGGCGUCGGCGGAGUAGGCGCAGUAGUUGCGGAAAUGCUCACGAGGUGCGGAAUCGGGAAACUUAUCCUCUUCGACUACGACGACAUCGAACUCGCCAACAUGAAUCGUCUCUUUUACACGCCAAAACAACUUGGAUUACCCAAAGUCGAGGCUGCAAAGGAGACGUUGAAUGUAAUUAAUAAAAAUGUGUUAAUUGACCCGAUUAACUGUAACAUAUGUCGAGAUUACGAGUUAUUUUAUGACAAAAUUGUCCACGGAAGUUUAACAGGUGCUCAAGUUGACCUUGUCCUCAGCUGUGUAGACAAUUACGCAGCCAGAGUAACUAUUAAUAAAGCCUGUUGUAAAGCUGACCAGGUUUGGAUGAACUCGGGCGUAUCUGAAAACGCUACGAGUGGCCAAAUCCAAACCUGUGUACCAGGCGUUACAGCCUGCUUCCUCUGUGCUCCACCGUAUAUUGUUGCCACUAAAGGUGAUGAAAGUAAGAUUAAGAGAGCUGACGUUUGUACUGCGAGUCUUCCAACUACGAUGGGUGUAGUCGCAGGUUUACUUGCACAUAACGCAUUGAAAUAUUUGUUAAAGUUUGGUGAAGUUACCAAGUUUCUCUCCUACAACUCACUUCAGGAUUUUUUCCCUACUUACUCACUCUCGUACACACCGGACUGCUCUGAGAAGUACUGCGUCCAGAGACAGAAGGAGAAGAUUCAUCUCGUAAACUAUAACAACGAGUUGAAUCAGUUAAAUGAGUGUAAAAACUGUGAGGAAACUAAGGGAGAAGUUGUUCAUCAGGAUAACGAAUUUGAGAUUCAAGUUUUGGACGCAAAGUCCUUUGAGGAAGUUGAACCUACAACCGCCGAACCAGCCUCUAAUCAUGUUACUAAUAAACUUUCAUUAACCGAGUUGAGGAAACAACUCUUGUGCGCAUCUGUCAGCAAAAACACAUAAUUUCAUUUUAAAAUUCA